UUUUUUUUUUGCUUGUUCGAUUUCUUUGUCUAAGGCAUAUUCGAUUUGCCCGCCCGAUGCAAAGGGCUCAUCCACAUUUCAUCAUCAUUUCAUCAUCAUCAUUGACACUGCAGAUCAUGCUAGUCCGGCAAUGGAAUAUGGUAGCAGUCCCUCUUGUCACUGGCACAUACCCCAACGUUUAUAGAUACUAUAAACGUUGACAUACCCACACUGGAAAAUUGACAGAAUGUCAAGAUGAUGAUAGCUAUCCGGCACUCGUAUCGUACUUAUCCAAUCCAAUCCAUUGUCCGGCCGGUUGCCGCCGCCAUGGCGGGACGUGCCGCGGCACGGUGGUCGGCCCAGCUGCUCGCCGUACUGCUCUUGACAGUGGCGGCUCCAUCGGCUCAAGCUGGCUUCCUCGACAGCCUGUGCGAGCUUCUCGGCGACCCGGAGCUGUGUCGCAGCCAUGGCAUGGCCAGGAGCCCCACCAGCUGGGAGGCCGCGACCACGACGUGGGGGCCGUUUCAGCCUAUCGCGGACACGUCCGGCCGACCCUGGGCUGCUAAUGACAUGCCCUGGAAGCCCGGCAGGGUAGUCAUCAAGGGCAAGCCCACUGCACGAUUGAACAUGGAUGCUGGAGCCAACCACUCGCUGCCCUCUGCAGAGACCAGGCAGUCACUGGAAUUAGACUUCGACAACGUCACCUACUCUGUGGACGACCCGAUGCUGCCCUGGAAGAUCAUCGAGUACUUUGCUAACCUCCAGGUAGAAGUGUCCUACGUGGAGAACGUCGAGAAGCGCAAGGCCUACUCGGGCUACCUGUUCCGCAAGAUGAACGUCUACCUUUACGAGGUGGCCGGCCCGGACGCCACCGUCAAGGUGGCACCGCAGGGCUACUUUGCUCCCGAGUUCUUCGUAGGGCUCGUCAACAAGCUCUCCAUGGUCCUGGUGUUCGUCAUGGCGGUCAUGCUCGUCUGGUUCGUCGGGUUCCUCGUUUACUGGUACCACAGCGGCGGCAGCGCCCAGCGAGACCCGACCGUCAGCGACGACGACCGCUACCUUAGCGACACUGUCGCCGUCGCCGCCUUGCCCGCCGAUUUUCUAUGUGGUCGCGUCGCGAGGAACACGGCAGGCCGCGGCAAAGUGCGGUCGCGUUCCUGCGACGACGACCUUUAAUACCGAACGAUCACGGCAUUCGAUGGACAUCUUGGGAAAGACAACGCCGUGCGGUGCAAAACCACAGGACACGCGGCAGGAGUGACACGUAUAUAGGUGGCACUGACUUUCAGCUACCCGAUUUCUUUCACCGACAGCACUAUAAAUGUGUACGAGAUAAAAUUAACUUAACAAAGCCCGGAUAGAUUGUAUGUAUAUAAGGUUUGUAUACGUAUACCAUGAAACCACGUAUACGGGACGUUCACUUUUCUAUCUGUUCAUCGGGGAAACGCGAAGCAAAAAAAGCGAGAACGUUGCAUUGCUUAUACGAUUUGAAAGACGCCGCUCCUGGUGGGCUGCAGCCCACUGGAUGCAAACGCCAAAUUAUAUUAAUCCGGGUACCUUGAACUCUGGAGAUGUUGCAUUACUCUUCGAUGAGGCGCGCUAAGAUCGAAGCGCUCUAAACAGAAGUAUGGACAUAUAUGGUAUACACUAACAUUUUGGGUUGGCUUUCUUUAUUCGAUUAUUAGAGUUCUUAUACAUUUAACUCUGACCCAAUAGACAUGAUUGUUGCAUGACUGCGUUGUUCUAAGUCUGCGAGAUAGGCUUACACGAUGUGUAGCCUGUGUUGCAAAGCUUGUUGCUACCACAAACAACUUUUGACAGAUUCACAGACAGUAAUGACGCGCAUAAUAAGUACAAUAAUCUGCGCUACGUGGACGAUUUUCUGAUUCAGUUUCCUAAAUGUCAACAACGGACUUUAUGUAGUAGACCUAGACAAACGUUUAACGGCACUAUACUUGGCCAAGGAAACCUUUUCCAGAAUGUCUUGGAAAAAUAAAGAGGAAUUGCAUUGAAUGUUCUCGUGUAACCAACUGCGCUAAUUUCCCGCUUUUGGUUUUGACAGGAUCGACGAAUGAACAGAUGCAAAGAAACCUUUGCUUUAAAAUAAGGGGCAAACGCAUUUUUAUGAUGUGUACGUUGUUUACUGCGCGCUGCUAUCAUGAAUACAU